UGUGGUGGAGUGGUGCACAGUGCGCUGCUCAGUAAGGCGGCGGCAAGGACUAGAGGAGGUUGUUCGUCGCAUCCUCUCCUUGAAAGCUUGGACAUGUAUUGUGUCUCUCAUAGAAAACGAGGCUGCACAUGACCCUCAAAGGAAAACUUGCACUACUACCAUCACUCAAUUUUCAGGAGUGUGUGAGGAAUCUGGACACCGCAUCAAGAUCUGGUGGUGGACAAGAUGUGGGGACCAGUAAGUCUGGCGGCCAUGGUGAUGGUGGCAGUGGCCGGCGUGGAAGGCUCCUCUGCCUUGCCUGGGCUCAGUUGGUGCUCUGAGUCGGAUAUUGACAACAUGAGGAUUACCAAGGACAUGAAGCCGCAGCUCAAUCAGAUAGAGGUUGUAGUGAACGAAUUCAUAGAGACGAAUGUGGUGGACGAGGUGUUCAUCAGAAAAGAGCCUCAGUGCGGAGGGACCACCGAGCCGCAGGUGGCAGUCAUCGACUGGGAGAAUGCUGAACUCGUGAUGCAAGAUGAUGGUAAUUUCAGCCUCUUUUGGAAACCACCUGACACGAUGCCUAUCUUUCAGGAAGUUAGUAACUUUUGCAUCACUAAUAAGAAUCCUGAGAAUCCGGAAGAACAGUCAACAGAACUCUUUACAAAUUUACUUGCCAAAUUCUGCUAUUUGAAAGCUUCUCUGCAGGUGGAACAUGAGAUGAAAAUCUGUUCGAAUGUCAGUUGUGUGCGAAAGUGCUGUCCUGAGGGAAUGACACUGGUUUCGGGCUCGAAUUGUGUGCCUAUGAAGGACAGGGUGGACUGGCUGCCCGAUGCCCAGAUGACCGUGCUGUACGGGCCGCCACGCCUCUGUACCGAUAUCCUCUUGUACCGCAACUUCUCCAUCCUGCCUUCGGGAAUAAUUAAUCUGGAUGGAAAAUUGGAAUUGGAAGUUGACAGCUACUGUAUCGAAUACAUCGGUAACAUCCCCUCCCUGGUGGCCUUGUCCUGUGCCAAGAAAGUGACCUCAUGGUACUGUGAGUGGAGACACGCGGUGCUCAGCCCCGUGUUGCAGUGGAUCUCUGUCGCAUGUCUCAUCCUCGUUUGGAUCGUGUAUGUCUCCGUGGCCAGGCUGCGAAGUCUCAAUGAGGGCCGCUGCAUCAUCUCACUCGUCACUACACUCAGCGUCGCCUACGCAUGCUUGAACGUUGCCAAGCACACGGCAUCCGAAACCAACACCCAAUCUUGUGAGGUGGCAGCACGGCUGGCUCACUUCGGCUUCUUGGCUUCAUAUUUCUGGAUGAACGUCUUCAGUUUUCAUACCUUUGUUAAACUCAGAUCACCGAUGAGCGGCAAGUGGGAGAAACCUUUGGUGUUUGGCCUGUACUCCCUCUAUGCCUGGGGCGUGCCGCUGGCGGUGGCGGUGGUGGGCGCAGUGCUGGACGCUGUAGAUUCUGAUGCUAUCCGGCCCCACUUUGAAGCCUGCUGGUUCCAAGACAACAGAGAGACCCUGGCCUACAUGUACAUCCCUAUGAUGGUACUGGUGCUCAUCAACUUAGUGCUCUUCCUGGGAUGCGUGGUGCUCAUGUGUCGCAGGAGUGGGCGGGUUACCUUCAGUCCUUCCUCCAGCCAAUACCACACCUUCAGCGCGUGGCUCUACGUCAGGCUCUUCAUACUUACGGGCAUCCUCUGGCAUACGGAAGUUGUGGCGUGGUACUUCUUCGAGUACUGCAGUGUGCUGGAAUGGAUCGCCGACAUACUCAACUCCCUGCACGGCGUCUUCGUGUUCAUCGUCACUAUCUGCUUCAGGAGGGACCUUAAGGUGUUCCACUGUGGGCGUCCUAAACUCGUCCAGAAGAGAGGGCAGAGCGAGAUCACCACCACGGAGGCGUCAGAAAUGGCAGCGAAUCCCUUGGUCUCGUAGAUGCUGCCGACACUUCCUGGAGGCUCUGCUAUUUUCUUCACAUUUUCUUUUUGCUCCUUGCAUCCCAUUAUUACUUACUGCUUACUUUACCACUUGUUUUUAUUUUCUUAUUUCACAUUUUCAUUAUCUUCUACGUAUUACCAAUUAUAUAUUUUUUUACAUCUUAAAGUAUUUGUCAUUAUCGUCUAAUACUAAUUACACUUUCUUUUUUACAUCUUAAAUAAUUGUUAAUCUUCAUCAUCACUCGCCCUCUAUACUCAAAUUAAUGUAUGCUGUGUACUUUCUUUCUAAAUGUCAUUCCUGUUACAGUCAAUAUGAUAACAAAAUGAGAGCAACGGCGAAACAUCUGUAUUUACUUCCAACGUUUCGCCACAGAGACCCUGCCAUUAUCAAGGAUCUGGGACGAAAAAAACAAAAACAAUCCCUGAUAACGGCAUGGUCUCUCUGUAGAAACGUCGGCAGUAAAUGAAGAUGUCUGCUGCUGCAUUCGCUUUUGUUUUUCAUACUGAAGCUCCGAUUUCCCAACAACUACGCUGGGAAGUCUUUCAUUCACCUGCCAGUACAUCAUAGCAACGAUGCGUCACUGCUGAGUCAUGAUUCCAUUUUCUUGUCAUGAAGAAAACUGCACCUCCGGAUAUUCAAUAACUAUCAUAGGCAUAGUGGUGCAUAAAUAUUGGACAUAUUACUCGAAACUUCAAGUAUCUCGAUCGUGCCUUGAGUCGAAUGUGCCUCAAAUACAAAGACAACGAAUGUGAGAUUAUUUACUAGUGUACAUUAGCUUUACGUGCAGCGGUACAUCGCCUGGAAUGGCCUUGAAUAAACGGGCAACCGACAGAGAUGACAAGGGAGAGUUGAGGAGUCUUUUGUUCUGCAGUGGAAUCAUACUGACAAUGACCAUUAUUAUUAUCAUUAUACGAUUAAUGUCGUGUUGUCACCCCAGAGACAACAACAGGCUCUUCUGGUGCUACCUAGCUUCUAAUUCUACAAGCUUCAGGACACCCGACGCAGUCUUCCUGUAGGACGUGGUGUGUGCCACCUACUCGCACACUUCCCACGCUUACAGGCCGCCCUCGGAUGUCUCUUGUAGCGUUUGUAGUGCUUCUUGAUAAGCUUGACCAUGUGUGUAAGUGUGUGCGUAUGUGAUGGAGAAGAAGAAGGAAGCAGCGCAGGCAGGGAGAGAGGCAGGGUAUGGCGAGGCUCAUGCAGUCAGCCGACAUAUACUGUCCUCCACGCCCUCGCACUGGGUCAAGUACGCGGCGUUUAUAUUCUUACGCGAUUUUUUAAAUAAACCUAAUUGUCUCAA